AUGGAAUCCUGGACUGCUACUAACGAGGAUGAGCAGCGUGCGGCGGGUUCCAGCGACUGGGUUUCGCCAGCGAAGCCCAAGGAGCAAGACCGCUCCAACGGACUCGGAACAGGCGUGACGGACCUAGCAGCGGGCUUCAUCGUGUGUGUGGGAGUGGCAGCUAUGGCCUUUAUGGGGUUCAAACGCCAGGCAGCUCGCCUUGCUCCAUCCGUGCAGCAUCAACCUCCUGCCACUACUGUCGUCGUCACUACUGCUGUCACUGCGGCUGUAGCUACUCCAGUCGCUACCCCAGCUGUUAAACCUGCCACCGAUUCACAUGCGAAGCCAGCAGAAACAGGUGCACCCACCCUCGCUGCACCUGCACCAGAUACCACCUUUGUUAAGGCCAAGGACGCUCCUCCUGCUCCUCAUCUACAGUCUGUCGAUUCUGUAGUUGCUGAUGUAGUGUCAGAUACUGCAUCUGUGCCUUCUGCUGGCAAGCCAGCCCUUGACCCAGAGGCUAAAACCCCUGGUGCGGCCGGCACCACUGCAGCGGCAGUGGAUUCUGUGCCUGCUGCAUCCAAACCAGCUGAAACGGCAGCACUGGUAGCAACACCGGCUGAAGCAACAGCAGCGCCAGCUUCGAAUGAAGCAGCAGCAGUAGCAGCUCUUGAAGCUAUGAAAGAAGAAGCUGCUGCUGUAGCCCCCACUCUGGGCGAUGCAGUACGUGCGGCAGCGCCAGCUGCUUCAGUCGCGGAUGCAGCUGCUCCAGUUGCACCAGCGCUGUCGCCCGCCACUGACACCACUCCAGCAGAUGCUGCCAAGGAACCUCUCGUUCCUCUGCCUCUGCCUGUUCCCGUGCCCGUGCCUGUGACUGUGACUGAGAGUGCAGUACUAGUGGUGGAAGCGGCAGAACAAGGAGGCAGUGGCAGCAACAGCGCCAGCGUCAGCAGCAAGGAGGUGCAGAGGGGAAGCGCGAGUGAAACAAGGGUUGAGUCGGUGGAUGCGAGGGAGACAGCUUUGGAUGAACCUGCUGCUGUUGGUGUCUUUUUAGCUUCCGAUGAGAAUUCUUCUGCUGCUGCUACUGAUGCUGCUCCUGCAGCUGCUGCUGCUGCUGAUGGUGGUGGUCUCGCCGCUGCUGAUGCGAGCACUCAAACCCCUGUGCUUGCGGCACACGCAGCACUCGAGUCUCCUGCCAAUGCAGACAGUCCCAGUCUAGAGGAGCAAGUAGAGUCUAUCGCAUUCGAUGUAGCCUCUUCUGUUGCCGCCGCUGCAGCUCCUGCUGAUGCAGCAGCUGCAGCUGUCGACGCCAUUGCUGCAAUUGCAGAUGCCAGUGCUGCUGCUGCUGCUGCUGCUGCUGCCACCCCCCCCGCUCUGUCUCUCCCGGCGAAGCAUCAUGACUCUCAAAUGCUUUCCACGAAGGAUCUCCUCCCCUCGCACGCAUCUCAACUGUCCUCUGAAGCUGUCUCUUCCCUUACUUCACCGGAUUCCGCCCAUGCUUCUGCUGUGCACGCUGCUGCAGCAGAUAAGCCUGCUGUGGCGGCCGAAUCUGCAGAGGCAGAGUCUUCUAAGCUGGGUGAGUCUGCUCCCUUGCCGCUCGCAGGCACAGCAGCUUUAGAAGCAACGGUGGUUCCGGCAGCGGCAGCAGGGAAAGUAGCAGCGCUUGAGGCAGCCGUGGGGGGAGCAACCGCAGGAGAAGCAGCAUUGACAGAAGCACUGCCAGCAAUGCAAGCUGCAACGCCAGAGGCAGCGCCAGCGGCAGUGGCGGCAGCGCCAGCAGAAGCGCCAGCAGAAGCGCCAGCAGCAGCAGCGCCAUCAGUAACAGCAGUGGUAGCGGAGAUGGAAGAGGCGGAGGCGGUGGAGAAGCUGUCUCCGUUUGAAGACGCUGUGGAGCAUUUUGAGGCUAUUGAGGAGGAGGUACUUGAGGCACCAGUGCCGGCAGCAGCAGUUGCUUCAGAUACGAGUGUCACAGCAGCAGCAGCAGUACCAGCAGAAGCACCAACGGCAGCAGCAGCAGUAGUCCCUUCAGAGAAAACAGAUGGUGUUCUCGAAACUGUGCCAGGAGCUUCACCGGUGACUGCGACGUCUGCUGAAGGGAAGGGGGAGGAGAGAGAGAAGGAGGGGACAACAAGGCAAGAAGGAGGAGGAGCAGUGAGUGCGGUGAUGGGCGGUGUGAAGGAGUGGUGGGAGAGGAUUGCAGCGAGUGCGUUUGUGCCUGCGCCUGUGAGCGCCGUCUCUUCUAAGCUAGCCGGUGUGGCAAAGAGCGUGGGCGGAACCGGUGGGGUUCAGAACAACCAGCAGCAACAGCAGCAGCAGCAGGAGGAGGUGCAGGUGCAGCAGCAGGGGAGAGCGGCAGGGCAGAGGGUGGUGGUGAGAGCAGCAGCGGACGCAGGGCAGCAGCAGGCCGUGCAGGACCUGCAGUUGCUGGGGGUGAUUGAAGGCCACGUGGACGCCUCUAGCCUCUGCAGUCGCAGGGAGUUCGCACGAUGGCUCGUGCAUGCCUCCAACGCUCUUGCCAGUGACCCAGCGCACAGGGUGCAGCCAGCCAUGUACAUAGACGGCCUUUCCACGCCUGCCUUUGAUGACGUGGGACCUCUAGACCCGGACUAUGCGGCCAUACAAGGUCUAGCUGAGGCGGGGUUGAUAUCCAGCAAGCUAUCCUUCACAGACCUGGGCUGCCCCCGCACGGCCACCACCACCACCACCACCACCACCACCACCACCGCUCAGUCGUCCGACUCUUCUCAGUCUGCUGCCUCUGCUGCGUUCCGCGCUCGCCCAGGGUGCAACAGCGGCAGCGGCGCUCUCUUCCACCCAGACAGCGCGUUGACGCGGCAGGACCUGGUGUCAUGGAAGGCAGCUCUGGACUCGGUUGUGCACCCACACGACGUCUCCAUGCUCGCUCACCUCUCCUCUCAGGCUGCCAUCGCGCUGGCUGCUGCAGGCGAGGGGCGGGAGCUAGUGCGAGAGGCAGUAGGGAGAGCGAGAGCAGAGAGAGGUGCUGCGGCUGCGCUGGAAGCAGCACAGGAGGAGGCGGAGAGGAGGCAGAGGGAGGCUGUGCGGGAGAUGGUGGAGAGGGAUGAGAUGGUGGGGGAGGAGCGGCGGGUGAGGGAGGCGGUGGAGGAGGCAGGAGAGGUGCUGCGGGUUUCUGCAGAGAGGGUUGAGGAGGAGUUGGAGCAGGAGAAGGCGUCCGUCCUUCAGUUGAAGUCCUCACUGCAGGAGCAGCAGCAGCAGGCGGAGAGGGAACGGCAGCAGCAGCAGCAGGCAGCAGCGUCGGAGCAGGAGCGCGUGCAAAAGGAGAUGCAGGCAGUGCGGCAGCAGUGGGAGGAGGUGCAGCGCAUGCUGGGACAGGCAGAGGAGGCAGCGCAGCGAGCGAGGGAGAGGGAGAGCGAGGUGCAAGGGGAGAAGGAGGCUCUACAGAAGGCGAGGGUUGAGGCGGAGGCAGAGCUUGUGCUGGUGAGGGCGGCAAGUGCGCAGGUGCAGCAGGCAUGGCGGGAGGUGGCGGAGAGGGAGAGGGAGGUGCAGGAGAGGGAGAAGCAGCAUCUGCUGCAGAUGAAGAUGAGAGAUGAGGAGCAGCAGCAGGAGGAGGAGGGGAGGGAGGGCCAGAAAGUGAGUCCAGAAGGAGCAGGGGCAGCAGGAGUCACCACCAUAGCAGCUGAUGCUGAUGCCAAUGCCAGCUCUGCUGAUUCCCCCAGUGGCCUCUCCUCUUUCAUCAACCGCAUCAUCUCCCUCUCACCCUUCUCCCGCGCCCACCCUCCACUCGACCCCACUCCUGCCUCUGUGGCUGCGCCUGUUGCCGUGGACCCUAGUGAGUGGGGCGUGAAGGUUGCAGCUGAAGCAGCACACCGCAGCACAGCCGCUGCUGAUACUGCUGGUUCGGCCACUGCUACUGCGAAUGCAACAACUGCCAAGGGUACUCGUGAGAGGCGUGGUGAUGGCAGGGAUUUUGAGCGCUCGGAUGAGCGGGAUACUGCGGGGACGGCAGCAUGGGGAGGGUUGAAGGAGAGAGGUGUGGAUCCAGAGGCUUGGAAGGCCCGGGCUUCGGAGUUGGUUCAGCCUGUGGGGGAGAGAAUGCGCGAGGCUGUGAGGGUUGCUGAGAAGGGUUGGGAGACGAUGGGGGAGAGGGUGGAAGGGUUGAAAAAGGAGGUGGGGGUGGCUCGUAUGCAGAUGGAGGUUGGUAGGGCUGCGGGCGAGGCAGUGGCGAGAGGGAGGGGAAUGGUUGAGGAGGGGCGGAGAGCGGUUGAGGAAGGGGUGAAAGCAGUGGGAGGUGCAGGGGUAGUGGUGAGGGAGAGGGUUGGGGAAAUGGUGGAAAAGGGUGGGAGUAGAUUGAGUGAGGUGGUGCAGACUGGAGGGAAGAAAGUGGAGGAGAUAAAGGGGAAGGUGGGUGGUGCUGUGGUGGAAUUGAAGGGUGUGGUGGAGGAGGCAUGGAGCAAGAUGGCAGAUGGUGGGGGGGAGGGUGAUGCUAGGGGGAAGAGUGGGAGUGCAAGUCAGGAAUUUAGUCCCAGAAUGCUGAGUCCCAAUUCCCCUUUCCUCCACCGCAAUUCCCCUUCCCGUGUCAUGAUUACCCCUUCCCGCCUCCCCGGUUUUCCUUCCCGCCGCGCAUUUCCCCUUUCCGCCUCCCCGAUUCCCAUUCCCGCUCCCGGUAUCCCCUUCACACAUUUGCGUUUCCCCUUCCCGCACCCCAUUUCCCCUUCCCGCCUCCCCGUUUCGCAUUCCCGCUCUCCCACAUUCGCGUUUCCCCUUCACGGUCCCCAUUACCCCUUCCCACCUCCCCGUUUCCCCUUCCCGCUCCCCGUUUCCCCUUCCCGCUCCCCGUUUCCCCUUCUCGCUCCCCGUUUCCCCAUCCCACCUUCCCGUUUCCCCUUCCCGCUCCCCAUUAUCCCUCCCCGCCUCCCCGUUUCCCCUUCUCGCCCCCUCGUUUUCCCUACCCGCCUCCCCGUCUCCCUCUCGUUUCUCCACCUUCUCCCUCUCGAUUCCCCCCUUCCCCCUCUCGUCUACCCCCCUCCCCCCUCUCAUGUCCCACCUUUCUCCUUCUCAUUUUUCCCCAUUCUCCGUCUCAUCCCCCCCCCCCCCCCUUCUCAAGCUCACCUACCCCCUUUCUCCCUCUUAGCUCCUCUCUUCCUACGCCCUGCUUCCCCCUUUACUCUCUCGUCCCUACACCCUUCAUUCCCCUCUCCGCUCUCUGCCUUAUACCCUUCUACCUCCUUUCCCCUCUCUGUCUUACACCCCUCUUGA